CGGCAGCCGGGUGGUGCCGGGGGUGGGAGCCGCUGGCGCGGGGACAGAAUUAGCAUCUGAAUGCGGAGGGUGGCGGGUCCCUGCUGGAGCCAGGCCAGGCUGCCGGGCCUCCCAGCUGCUCCCCAGUGCGGGGGGCCGAGGGGAGGUACCAGCCCCUUUCUCGCUGCCCCGAGGUCAGAGCUAGGCCAUGCAAUGGGGGGCCCUGCUCCCAGCCCCACCCCAGGGAGACCAGUUCCCAGCUCAGCCACCCUUCCCACGGGGAAGGGGCCUGACAUUCAGAGAGGGGGGCUGGGAGCCAGGACUCCUGGGUUCUCUCCCCAGCGUUGGAUGGGGAGUGGGGGUCUAGUGGGUGAGGGGGCGGGCUGGGAGCCAGGACUCCUGGGUUCUCUCCCCAGUGCUAGGAGGGGAGUGGGAGUGAGUGAGUGGGGGGCUGGGACCCCGGACUCCUGGGUUCUAGUCCUGUCUCUGCCCUGCAGCCCCCGUCUCAGAUCCUGGUUCUUUGCAGCCCAGACUCGCACCGCCCCCCCCGAAGGCUGCUCUCCCCCGGCCAGGGCGGGGGCGGGGGGGGAACGGGAGGUUCCCACGUGACCAGGCACCGGGCCAGGCUCCGGGCUCCGGGCUCCGGCACGUUACUCGCGGCAGCCUGGGACGCGACCGGACGGGCUCCCCCAGGCGGCUGACGAUGCCCCGCACCGAGCGGCCCCCUGCCGCUGAGCCGCAGUAACACCCGCCGUGGCAAGCAGGCCCCGGCACGGGGCCAGGAGAGCGCCCGCUGCUGGCGAGCCGGAGCGGGCAGGGCCGCGCCAUGUAGCGCCCGCGGCAGCCACCGGCAUGGAGCUGAUCACGGCUGAGUCCCCGGCCCGGCUGGUCCGGCUCUACCGGGAGUAUCACAACAACGAGCUCAUCUCCCUGCACUACAACUACACGGGGAAGCUGCAGGCCAGCAGCAAGUACAAGGGCGGCCUGAAGGCCGACGCGGUGGCGUUCCUGGCCGUCUGCGCCCUCAUCGUGCUGGAGAACCUGGUGGUGCUGCUGGCCAUCUGGAGGAACAAGAAGUUCCACUCGCCCAUGUUCUACUUGCUGGGCAACCUGACCCUGUCGGACCUGCUGGCCGGGCUGGCCUACACGGCCAACAUCGCCAUGUCGGGCGCCAACACCCUCCAGCUCACCCCGCUGCUGUGGUUCCUCCGGGAGGCGGGCGUCUUCAUCACCCUGACCGCCUCCGUCUUCAGCCUGCUGGCCAUCGCCAUCGAGCGGCACAUCACCAUGAGCCGCAUGAAGCUCUACCACGGCGACAAGAAGGGCCGCAUGUUCCUGCUGGUGGGGGCCACCUGGGCGGCUUCGGUGCUGCUGGGGGUCCUGCCCGUCAUGGGCUGGAACUGCCUGGACAGGCUGGCCGACUGCUCCACCGUCCUGCCGCUCUUCUCCAAGAGCUACGUCCUCUUCUGCAUCACCGUCUUCCUGGUCAUCCUGGUGUCCAUCACGGUGCUCUACGCCCGCGUCUUCCGCAUGGUCAAGGGCAGCAGCCCGCGGCCGGGCCGCCUGCGCAAAGGGAUGCUGAAGCGCUCGCAGAAGUACAUGGCCCUGCUCAAGACAGUCACCAUCGUGGUGGGGACUUUUGUGGCCUGUUGGCUGCCCCUCUUCCUGCUGCUGCUGCUGGACGUGUGGUGCGAGGCUCAGGCCUGCCCCGUGCUCUACAAGGCCGACUACUUCCUCGGCUUGGCCAUGAUCAACUCCCUGCUCAACCCCAUCAUCUACACGCUGACCAGCAAGGACAUGCGCCGGGCCAUCCUCAAACUGCUGUGCUGUCUGCUGGUGGGGCCGCCCGAGGACGGCCCGGCCCAGCGCUUCGGGAUCCCCAUCCUGGAGUGCAGCACCAGCAAGUCAGAGCGCUCGUCCCACCGGCCCGAGGGAAUCGAUACCAGCCUGUCCACGGGCAACGGCACGCCCACCCCCAUCAAAGCGCUGGUGCCCAGUGCCGAGUCCUGAGCCCCCUCCCCUCACACCGGGGUCGGAGCGUGGCACGGGCCGGGGGGAGAGCUGGGACAGGCGCCCCCGCGACUUGGAAUGGCUGGAGCCCUGGCUGCCUGGGAGGUGAGGGACCCCUGCAGGGAGCUGUGUGCCCC